AUGGCUAAUGACGCUCCCAUCCUGAUAAUUGGAGCUGGUGUUGUGGGUCUAGCUCUGGCUCAGGCAUUGAAGAAGGAGGGCAUCCCUUUUCGCAUUUUCGAGCGUGACGAACAUAUAGACGUUCGUGGUCAUGGGUGGGCGAUUACACUAUGGGUUUUCGAAGCGCUUGAGGCCUGUUUGCCUGCGACCAUGAUUGGCCGCCUCCAUACCGCAGAGGUAGAUCCUUCAUCGGCUCGCAGAAAGCUUGCCAAGUUUUGCUACCUCAACCUUGCGGAUGGAAGCAGGUUAUAUGAGUUUGAACUUCCUCGUCAACGACGAAUUAACCGUGAAAAAUUCCGAAAGGCUAUGCUCGAAGGCAUCGACGUGGAGUGGAACAAGCAUAUCAGCGGCAUUGACUUGCUGGACUCUGGUGUACAAGUUUCGUUUCAAGAUGGCACAACAGCCGAAGGUGCUAUGGUGGUCGGCGCUGAUGGAGCUACAUCCAUGACUCGACGCCUUCUUUGUCCAGACAACGGGCAUCUGGAGCAAUUGCCCAUCCGAUUCAUGGGUGUCACGAUUAAACUUACACCCGAACAGAUCGCGCCUCUACGAGCUGUCGAUCCCAUGCUGUUUCAAGGCACACAUCCUGAGACUGGCUCAUUUCUCUGGUACUCACUGCUAGAUACUCCUGAGGUGAAUGGUUCGUCCGGCGAUGGGGCUUACUACGCCUGCCAGCUCAACAUAUCCUGGCCAGUUCAUACCCCUGAAGACGAGAUUCCUGCUACGAAUAAGGAACGAGUAGCCAAGAUGAAACAAUUAGCGAAGCCGUUUCAUGGUGAGUUGGGAACAGCUUUCUCAUAUAUCCCAGAUGAUAUGGAGAUUACUGAGAUCAAGCUUCGUGACUGGCGGCAUUUGGAGUGGCCUUCGAAUCAGGGAAGAACCACUCUCAUCGGCGACGCCGCUCACGCUAUGGUUAUGUGUAAGUAUUGA